AUGGUUGACCAAGGCCAACCUGCUGGUCCGGCGGCACAAGCAGCAGCUCCCGUUGUUGGCAGUAACAAGCUUCCGAAGUAUGACAAAGCAGGCGGUUUCGAUCUGUAA